AUGGCGAGCUUCGUGACAAACCUGUUCCCCGGCGCGAAGCAGGACAGGACCGACGCGCGCCCCUCCACGCCGACCCGUCACAACUUCAUCACCCCUGCCAGCACUCCACAGGGCAGCCCCAGCAAGAAGACGGUUCCUCCCGGCGCCAAUGAGCUCCCUGCCGCGCUGCAGGGCAUGAAGAUCAACCCACCGAGCGCGUUCGACACCCCGGUGAAGCUCACCCGUCCCCAGAGCGUGGUCGCGCCGCUGUCUCCCGGCAAGAGUAACCUACAGAUUCUGGAAGAGGGUUCACCGAGUGUCGACGACAGCAUCAUCCGCAAGGGCGCUCCCCGAACGGGCAGUCCUCUGAGAAAACAAGGACAGGAAAACACCCCCCCAAACCUCCCGAGAGACCCCUUCACCGAGCCGACAUACCAACCAAGCCAUGCCGCCCUUUCGCGCCAAGAAUUGUAUCAGCCGAGAGAACGGCCGUCGCCGACGGUACGGCGAUUCAACACUACCAGGGGCCUGACUCCCGAGGAGCGCGAGCUCCUCCAGAAGCCCGCCGUCAAGCGCCUGGUCAACGUCACCCAGCUCUAUUUCCUUGACUACUAUUUUGAUCUCCUGACCUAUGUCAGUCAGAGGCAGAACCGGCUCAAUGCGUUCAGAGAAGAAUUCCCCCCACCCCCGGCGACAGACGAGGAAACUUAUAAUCAGAUGUGGGCAAAGUACACGGGCCGAGAACGCGCCAAUCUCCGCAAGCGGCGGGUGAGGCUGCGGCACGCCGACUUCCAGAUCCUGACGCAGGUCGGCCAGGGAGGGUAUGGCCAGGUCUUCCUCGCGCAAAAGAAGGAUACCAAGGAGGUGUGCGCUCUGAAGGUCAUGAGCAAGAAGCUGCUGUUCAAGCUGGACGAGGUCCGGCACGUCCUGACCGAGCGCGACAUUCUCACGACGGCCAAGAGUGACUGGCUCGUCCGGCUGCUGUACUCGUUCCAGGACGACAAGAAUAUCUAUCUUGCCAUGGAAUACGUACCCGGCGGCGACUUCCGCACUCUCCUCAACAACACGGGCGUGCUGUCGAACCGGCACGCGCGCUUCUACAUCGCCGAGAUGUUCUGCGCCGUCGACGCCCUGCACCAGCUGGGCUAUAUCCACCGCGACCUCAAGCCCGAGAACUUUCUGGUCGACUCGACCGGCCACGUCAAGCUCACCGAUUUUGGCCUGGCGGCCGGGUUCUUGGCUCCCGCCAAGAUCGAGUCGAUGAGGAUCCGCCUGGAAAAAGCGUCCGAGGCGCCGGUCCCGUUUGGCAAACCGAUGGACCAGCGUACGGUUGCCGAGCGUCGGGAGGGCUACCGCACCAUGAGGGAGCGGGACGUGAACUACGCCAAGUCGAUCGUCGGCUCGCCGGACUACAUGGCGCCCGAGGUGCUGAGGGGCGAGCAGUACGACUUCACGGUCGACUACUGGAGUCUGGGAUGCAUGCUCUUUGAGGCCCUCACGGGCUUCCCUCCCUUCGCGGGAGCGACCGCCGACGAGACGUGGCGGAACCUGAAUCAUUGGAAGGAGGUCCUAAAGCGGCCGGUGUGGGAAGACCCGAACUACUUCCUGAGCAACCGGACAUGGAACUUUAUCACGACCUGCAUCAACUCGAGGUCCAGGAGGUUUUCCAACAUCAAGGACAUCUAUGCGCACCAGUACUUUGCCGAGGUGGACUGGGCCGUGCUGCGCGAGACCAAGCCGCCGUUCGUGCCCGAAUUGGACUCGGAGACGGACGCGGGCUACUUUGACGACUUCAGCAACGAGGCCGACAUGGCCAAGUACAAGGAAGUGCAUGAGAAGCAGCAGGCGCUCGAGACCAUGGCGGACCGCGAGGACGAGAUGAGGAAGAGCCUGUUUGUCGGGUUUACCUUCCGCCACCGCAAGCCGGCGACCGACGAAGGGACCCCGCGCAAACCGAUCCCCUUCGACGACGACGACAACGACGACUUUGGCACCAUGCUCUAA